UGGGGACUGUUAGCCAUGGAUACAGCAGAGCAACUAAACACAACUCAAGUGGACGAUUCACAACUUGAACUUAAAUCUUCCAACUGCUGCUCAACAACAGGCACAAUAAAUGAUGAGAACUUUUUGAAGCUGGACGACAGCACAAAGCUGGUUGGAGUUCAAGUUGUUCUCAUCCUCGCUUACAGCACAAUCAUACUGUUUGGAGUCACUGGAAACUCCUUAGUGAUAUAUGUCGUCUACAAGUUUAAAAAUCUACGAACUGUAACCAAUUUCUUUAUUGUAAACUUAGCUGUGGCAGACUUGCUGGUGAACACGCUGUGCUUACCCUUCACCCUCGUCUACACUCUGUAUGGCGAGUGGAAGUUGGGUCAGGUGCUGUGUUUCAUGGUGCCCUGCGCUCAAGGCCUGGCAGUGCACGUAUCCACCAUCACCUUGAACAUCAUCGCCCUGGACCGCCACAGGAGCAUCGUCUACCACAUGGAGAGCAAGAUGUCCAAAGACAUGUGCACUGUGGUCAUUGUCAUCACGUGGGCCGUCAGCGCCUUGUUGGCCAGCCCGCUCGCCAUCUUCAGGGAGUACGGGACGUUUGAUCUUUCACCAGGCGAGUCUAUUCAGGUGUGUACAGAGAAGUGGCCGGAAAACAGCAUGAACGGAAGCAUCUACAGUAUAUCAGCACUUCUGGUACAGUACGGUUUACCUCUGGUCAUCAACUCUGUUGCUUACAUCAGAAUCUGGAAUAAGCUGAAGAAUCACAUGAGUCAUGGAGGUCGAAAUGACCGCCAUCAGCGCAGGAAGAAGACCACUAAGAUGCUGCUGACCAUGGUGGUGGUCUUCGCUGUCAGUUGGUUGCCUUUGCAUGCAUUUCAGUUGGCGGUUGACAUUGACAGCACUGUGUUGUAUAUGAAGGACUUUAAGCUGCUUUUCACUGUGUUCCACAUUGUGGCUAUGUGCUCGACGUUCGUCAAUCCCAUCCUGUAUGGGUGGAUGAACAACAACUACAGGAUAGCCUUCAUGUCUGUGUGUAAGUGUUACAUGCCCUUCAGUUUAUGUUCUAAAGGCAGAGAGACACAAAAAGAUGAAGACAGGGUUUUUACUGAAUGCAAAUCAACACAUGUCUAAAUUGCACUGUAAAAGAAGGUCAAUUUCUGAUCUGUUGUGGAAUUGUGAAGUUGGUAUUUUUGUUUUGUGUGGGCAUGUUGGCCUCUCAGAUGAGGGAGAAUGAAAAGUAAGUAACUAAAUCACCAUUAUCCAACACUGUGGCAAAGGUGGGUCAAGCUAGCUCUCGUUCCAAUCAAUACUUUGAUGAGUCAAGCUAUGAUGGAUAUCCCUCUUUGUGUUUGGCCUUUACAUGUAUGAUUUUUCAGACUGUUUGUUCUGAUGUGUUAAACAAUUUGAAUCUUAAACUUGGAAACAGAUGAUGCAACCUUAAGAGCCUUGUUAAUUCCACACACCUCUCACUUUUCAAAAUCCUAUUUUUAUCCCCCUAACUUGGUUGAUGUUUUUACUAAAGUCUCCAGAUUCCAAUUCUCCAGAUGAGAGAAGAUCUGACUGAUAA